AACGGCGGCUUCCGAUCAGAACAAACGCCCGUCCCUAUCGGAUUGCUUCGAGCUUGCGCAUUGGAUCUGUGCGCUGUGAGGUCAGCCGUCAGUGAGUUGGGGCUUCGUUGGGGGUGAGAUGAAGAGGCUGCUUGCUCAUGGGCGGCAGUUCGGCUGCCCUUCCAGGGAUUUGGUGGUGGGCAGAUCCUCUGCCCUGCCUGCACUCUGCAACAGUGUUCUUCCCGGCUACAGGUACUAUUCAACCGAGAAACAUAAACACGAUGACACACUAGGUGAAAUAGGAGAAAAGGCAAGAUCAACUGCAGAAGAGUUCCUGAGAGUGGCCAAGGAGAAGACUGACGAGGUCACUGAGGGUGCAAAGGAAACAUUGCACGAGACGAAGGAAGCCGUGGUUGGGGAGUCAGAUGACGAGAAGGAGAAGUUUAAGAGGAGGGUUGAGGAGGGGAGGUACCAUCAUCAUAAAUAAGUGGCAAGUGUUCUCUUGUCAAGUCACAGGGCAUGUAGUUUAUGAAAGUGCUAGUCUUUGCAUCUAGACAUGUCUGAUGUGUUACCCACUUUUCACCUUCAAUAAUGUAACCAGUACUACAAAUGUUAUCUCCUGUAGAAUAAAUAAGAUUUGGUUUUUGUUUUUUUAA